CCCCUGAACGGCUGUCGCGUUACAUCAUGGCAGUCAGCGAGCAUGUGUUCGCGUAAUGUGGGACUUUUGGGGUAGUUAGUCUUUUUCUGGUGAAACUCAUGUGUAGUGAACGUAUGAGACGCUCGGGUUGAAGGAGUGCUUCAUUACCGGACCCUAACUGCAGAUAUGGGGUAGCUGCUGAGAAGUGGGCAGCGUGUUAAAGAUACAUCUUCUACUCGUGAUGUCAUGCCGUCGUGAUAUGCACAGGUCCGGAGCCGCCGCCGGCCCGCUGCGGUCGGACGACUCCUGUGGGAACAGCAGUCACCUGUUGGUCCGUUACAACCUUAAAGCCGCCGGGGGGCGCGGGGCCGAGGCUAGCGUUAGCAUGCUGCGUUCGGCGAGCGAAGAGGACGACGAGGUCCAGUUUGACACUUCUGACACAGAUAAUAACCAUGAGGUUUUAAUGGCUGAUGACAGACAUUACCCGUCUAUCCAAGAGUUUGCCUCAGCGAUCCCCAACCACCUUCUCCUGGGGUCUCUGCUGGAGCACCUGUGCUUCGUCUACGAGAGUAAUCCAAGACGCUCACAUAUGCUGUUUAAAGUCAUUGGCCAGCAUUUAGCGACCAUGAAACUCCUCUCACCUUUGGCCAUAAGUGACGAGUUCAGCACCAUCAGGCUCCAGCACAACCGGGCCUUCACUGAGCUACUCAACGCUGCCACCUCCUCAUUGUACCCACAGGGUCUUGGCACAAACACAAACAAUCUUGCUGCAAGACCUAAGGAGGGACUCUUUCAAGCACAGACGUCCCGGUAUCUUAGUGAGUUUGAAGAAAUCUGCAGACUUGGGAAAGGAUCAUAUGGAAAUGUUUUUAAGGUCAUGAACAAACUUGAUGGACAGUAUUAUGCUGUGAAGAAAAUUCUCAUCAAAAAAGUCUCAAAGGAUGACUGUAUGAAGGUCCUCAGGGAAGUCAAAGUACUGUCCAGCCUACAGCAUGUAAAUGUUGUGGGCUACCACACAGCGUGGAUGGAACAUGUUCAGCCUGCAGCACAUCGGGAGUCUCCCCUGCCUGCACUGGAAUCACCUGAAGAAGAGGACAUUUCCCAUGACAGCUUCUCUAUAGUUUUUCAAAGCCUCAGUCAAGCAUCAACAGAUGCAGCUGAAUCUGACAAAGUCUCCCCAGAAGAGAAACAGUCUGUCAAGGCUUUAGUUCCUGCCCAAGAAAAGGGCCAGCUGUUUCCGAAGACGAUGCAGCGCAUCCCGGAGAACUACGUCCCCUGUGUGUUUCUGGGACAGCAAGGUCCCAAAAAGAACUCCAAAUGUCCGGCCAUGGGUUGGGACAGCUCAGAACUGUUAGAGGAGGAGAGCCGCAGGAUUAGAAUCGAGCUGAAGGACAACUCCUGCAUUGACGACGAGUGGGCUGCCGAUUGCAUACCAAAGACUUCCACAGAGGUGAAGUUCCACCUGAUGCUCUACAUCCAGAUGCAGCUGUGUGAGCGCUCAUUGAGUGACUGGAUUGCUGAGAGAAAUUCCAAGACCAGAGAAGAACAAACCAAAUGUCCUUAUGGUGGUGUUGAUACUGAACCUACUCUCAACCUGUUGAGAAGCAUACUUGAAGGGGUGGAGUAUAUUCACUCCAGAGGAAUCAUUCACAGGGACCUGAAGCCGAGAAACAUUUUCCUCCAUGCUAAGGACUGCCAUGUUCGGAUUGGGGACUUUGGUUUGGCCUGUGGAAAGAUAAUAGUGGACGGACGUAAAAGCACCAUGUCUACCUUCAGUGGUUCCUUCCAUACUACUGGUGUUGGUACAUUUGUGUAUGCUGCAUCAGAACAAUUGAAUGGCUCACAUUAUGAUUCAAAGUCAGAUAUGUACAGCAUCGGAGUGCUGGCUCUCGAGCUAUUCCAGCCCUUUUGGACGGAGAUGGAGAGGGUCCGGACCCUUGGAGACCUGCGAGAGGGGAAAAUCCCAGACUCCUUCUGCCAGAGAUGGCCGGUCCUGACGAAAUACAUCAUGCAGCUAACGAGUAAAGAGCCUAGUGUUCGUCCCACAGCCAGCCAGCUUCUCCAGAGUGAACUCUUCUGCACCAAGGACAUGGUGAUCCAUGGUUUGGAGAGAAGGGUUGAAGAGCAGGAAGAAGAGAUCAUGCAGCUGAGGAGACAGCUCAGUCGGCUUCAGAGCUCACAAGACACAGCCAAUUUGUCAGAGUCAUACGAGGCCUAAAGCAUUACAAAUUUCAGCAAUAUCCAGACUGUCAACACUUGAUUUAAUCAAGCACUGCGCUACGUUUGCAGGACUUCGUACAAGUGAUAGAGUGAGUGAGUGAGAAUGUGUUAACCUUUGAGUGUCUUAUAUACAUGGAUGUAAGGAUGCAAUUAUUUAUUUUCAUGCAGCUGUACAAUAAAACUUAUUCAUGCUA